UGUUGCUUCUGGAUGCAAAAGGAAAGAAAGCCCGGCUAGAAAUGCUGGGAAAUGGAAACCAAGAAAAAGAAUAUGGAUGUCCAACCAAAGAAAUCAGAAGUAUUGCCUGCAUGGGAGACCUACUUUUAUAAUACAGUACACGUAUCUGUAGUAGCAUAUAUUCUGUACUGUGUUUAUAGGGCAUCAACUAAGUGCAUGUAUGCUGGUCUCCUUAAUGUAUAUGAUUUUGAAACUGGGUGGUCUUUUAUUCUGAGGCAAAAGGAUAUGUCUAACUAUGAAUGGCAUUUUUUCUACAACUUAUUUUGGAUUAUUAUUCCAUGGUAUAUUGCCUACAUAUCUUUGGACGCGGUAGCAGCACAUCAUCUUUCUGUGAUUCACAGAAGACAAACGUGUUUGAUAUAUUCUCUGAUAGUAUUGACAUACCUGCUAGGAUGGAAGUCAUUAUUGCUGCUUUGUCUACAUUCUGUUGUGAUGUAUCUGAUCAGCUUAUUCCAAUCAAAAGUUUUAGUGUGGAUACUUUCCAUUGCUUUGAUUUCAACAUUAAAUUUUGAACCAUUUAUAUCAUGGAUGAGGUUAUUGAAUCCUGAAGACUCUGAUGGGAAGUCCUACUAUAUGUUGAUGUUUACAUUAGCUCUAACACAUCUACGGUAUACCAGUUUUUGUCUGGAACAUGUAGAGUGUAUGACUUGUACCAGUUCUCCCCAACAAGACAUUGACACAGAUAAACUGUAUAUGGAAAUUAAAAAAGAGAUAAAAGACACACAGACAGAUGAAAUGAAGUUUUCUCUUGUGGAUGCCUUUGUUUACAUCUUUUAUUUUCCAUUGUUUUUCUGUGGACCAAUUAUUACUUAUGAGGGAUUUUCUAAGCAGAUGAAUGAAUCUGCACAGAAACCACUGCAAGAAAAUCAGAUGAUAUCUAUAGCAUUCCUUGCUCUGAGAAUGAUAUUCUGGGCAGUCUUUAAUGAGUUUAUCCUACAUUUCUUCUACUUCAAUGCUUUGCAGCACAAUCUGUCUGUUAUUGAAGAUAUGGAUCUAUGGACAUUAUCUGGUAUUGGUUACUGUCAAGGUCAAUUCUUUAUGAUAAAAUAUACAGUUAUGUUUGGUAUACCAUCUGUAGUGGCUAGGACAUGUGGCAUUGAGCCACCAGCAGGACCAAAAUGUAUAGGUCAUAUAUAUACGUACUCGGAUAUGUGGAAGUACUUUGAUAGAGGAAUGUACAGUUUUAUAAAAAGAUAUAUUUAUUUACCAUUAGGAGGUUCACAAGGAAACAUUAUACAGAAGUUACUGUGUUCUUUAGGCUGUUUUAUAUUUGUGUAUAUUUGGCAUGGAAUAGAAUACUUUAUAUUUCUAUGGACAUUAUUUAACUUUAUUGGUAUCUCACUAGAAGUACUGGGAUAUUGGAUAGACAAACAGACACCUGUAUGUAAAUUUAAAAAUUCCAUGCCUGGUAUAUACAGGAGAAUUCAAGGUUUAGCUGUAGUACCAUUGUUUGUAAUGUCAACAUUUACUGCAUUUUGUUUUUUUGGAGGAAGUGUUAUUGGAUACAUGUAUUACCAGAAAUUUAUUGUUAAAGGAUGGUUGAAGUCAUGGUCAAUUGUCAUAGUUGUAGUAUAUUGUUGUGUUCAGUCAAGCAUGGAAAUCCACGAAAGGCAAAAGAUGAAAAAGAAGAGAGAGUAAUCAGUAACAAUACGACUACACAAAGACUUGAUGGAAAGGAAAUUAACGGAUUAUCCAACAAAAAAUUACAAUUUGAGAUUCUUAUGACUUUCUCAGACUAAAAAUCAUGAAAGUAAUUUUUUAGAAUUCUUUUUUAACUCAGUGAAAUGUAAUGUGUUGCCAGCAUGAAAAAGACUUACUGAAUCGCUUAGAAAAUAUAUGGCAAAUGUAAAAUUAGAAGAAAUUGCUGUUAUGAUAUAUACACAUAUAUAUGGCUGAAAUUUAAAUACAUAUAGCUUCUACAUAAAAGUUAUUGCAAACACUAGUAAGUAAUAAGGCAUGGAAAGAUAUAUUAUAGAUUGCCAUGUUAUAUUACUGCAGAAAGGUGUCAAUAAAACAAUUGAAAAAGUGGAACUUAGUUUGUAUUAUUAAAUCAGUAAAACCAUAUUACUGGUAAUGAAAAAUCCAUGUAAUUGAGUGUUAUUUAAAGCCUUUUAGCUCACUCCACCUAAAGAUGUCAAUUGCUGUUUGUUACUUCUAAACUUAUUUAACUACUUAUAAAAAUAAGAAGAUGUGGUAUGAUUGUCAAUGAGACAACUCUCCAAUAGAGACCAAAUGACAUAGAAGUUAACAACUAUAGGUCACUGUACGACCUUCAACAAUGAUCAAAACUCAUACUGCAUAGUAAGCUAUAAACCCCAAAAUGACAAAUGUAAAACAAUUCAAACAAGAAAGCUAAGUAAUUUAAAUAAAAUUGACUAGAAUGUUGGAGGUUUACAUUUUGUCAUUUUGGAUACUUGUCACAUGCAUGUCACCCAAAUAAAAAAGAAAUAGAGCUAAGUUAAGACUGGAUUUUUUUUUACAUUCACAUAACUGAUGUAAACAUCUAAUUACUCACCUAGUCUGAUAUCCCAUGUUAGAUAUUGUCAUCACUUGGCAUCUGUCUUUGUCAGAAAUUUAGAAUAAAAAUAUCCUUGUCUGAUACAAAAGGACAAAUUUCUUGCAAUUUUGCCCGAAUGAUCCUAUGGGUAUCAAGUUUAAAGGUUGUGUAUUAAGUCCAUGCCAACUAUGUAUGCUCACCAUUGCAAAAGAUUUGAGCAUACGGGUAAAAAACAAGUUAUUGUCUUAUAUUUUGAACAUCAUUAUAAAUAGCAAAAAAAUUACAGGAGGUAAAUUUUCAGAAUGCUUUAAUCUCCCUAUGUUAUAACUAAACUAUAAGAAGACUAUUUACUUACCCUCCUUAUAUUAGUAUUUUUGUCUUUUCCUUAAAAGUCUACCUAGUAGACACACUUACUGUAAAUAAUUAAAAUAGAUCCAUCAAUUCAGGAUGCACAAUAUUACUGAAAUCAUCAAUUGACACCUUAUAGCAGUUUCUGACAUUUAAUGAUGGUUUUAUGAACAAUUUUAACAUUUUUGCCAUUAUCUUGACAACUUAAAUAGAUAGAAUGAAACUCUACACAGCAAAAAAUUAUCCACAAUACAAGAUCUAAUGAACAGACCUCAAUCAAUUGACUCCUUACAUUUUUUACCAAUAAGAUUUUUGUCUUAUAUUUUAAUAAUGAUUUAUGACAAAUUUUAGACUGUUCAGGAGUGUGGAAAUAUUUGUUGUUACCACUUGUCCCCGGGCAAGUGAAAUUGUAAAUUUUACUUGUCCAGAAGAAAUGUUACUUGCCCUGAUUUCUUAAUGAAUUUUGGAAUGAAGAUGUAUUUUACUGUAAACGUGUAUGUUUCUAAAACACAAUGAAAAUGUUAUUUGUGGUCUUUGUUUGUAUGUAGGAAUGAUAAAAAUAUAAGUAAUAUAAGGAUACACCAAUGAGAUAGAAACCCACCAAAGAAAACGACUUUAAACUAAAGAAUCUAGAGGCCAAUUUUGCAAAUUAAUUUUCGAUGCUAGCUUACAUGAACCUGGGAUAUUAUAUAAUGAAUAACAUUUUCUUCACUGUGAGUCUGUGUGAAGUUUCAAAGUAAUGAAGAGAUGAAAACUAAAUAAUUGAUAAAUUAUUGGUUUGUUGUUUCUUGUCAAAACCAAGUUCUAUGAUCAUUAGUUUUAUUUUUAUGAGGCGCCUCUUUUCUGUUGGUCAACUUCCGAGCGAUGACCUAUCUAAAGAUGCUUAUCCAACUCGACCGGUCUUUAGUUUUCAUUCUUGAGAACUCAUAGCUGGAAAUUAAUAAUGACCAUUUCCAGUGUAUUGUUGCUAUAACCUGAUCGACGAUCCCGGAUCAAUGGGAAAAAAAAUCACAGAAUAUUAAUGAAAACCGGGUCCGCAUACUUAUUUUUUGUUGUUUGACAAUCGAUCUAUUUCUUGAUCAUUGAUGUUGUUAUACUUACAUGUGGCUUUCGUCUUAUUAUUUGAUAUUUUUCUACUUUGAUGAAUAAAUUUUGAGGAUUUUUCUAUAUGAUUAUGAAAAUUAACAUUGUCAAGCAACAGUUUUUUUACUUGUCCACGGCAGAGACAUAUAUACACAUAUAUCAGAGAAGAAAGGUUGUGCAAAUUAUGUCAUAAUAAUAAUAUAGAAGACGAAAAACAUUUUAUCUUGCACUGUACAAAAUAUGAAUCACAAAGAAAUGUACUUAUAUCAAAAUUGUCCAAUUUUAAAAAUUAUGACAAACAAUCCAAAACUGAGGAUGAAUAUAUCAAACUACUACUUAAUAGCAAGUGUAGAAAAACACUUAGAUUAAUAUCAUCUUUUAUUAAUCAAUCAUUUGAAUUAAGGAAAAAUGUCCUGACAAAUGAGUAAUAUGAACAUUAUGAAGCUAUAACAUACAAUGUAUGUAUGUCAGUAGCCUAUUCUACAUUAACCUAUGUAUAUUAAUAUAUAUAUAACUGCAAAUUUCAUUGUUCGAAAUGUGCAUAUUAAUAUGUUAUGUAGUAUUGUUUAAUUGCUGCAUCAUAACCACUUGUAUACUAGUUGUAUGGGCCGUUGCCAAUUAUUGUAAUUGAGUUUGUGCCAAUAAAAUAUUUGUAUUU